AGCCUCGCGAAGGUUCCAGAGCCGUCUCGUGCGGAGGGCGGGCCGCCGUGUCGCGCCGGGUCGGUGGAGCUCGCUGCCGGCGCUGCGACGCUCGUGGGUGGCGUGUUCGGCUUUUCCUGUCUGCUUUCGUGCACCGCUGCAGCUCCGGCCUCGGGUCCGAAGCGCCACGGCAUGGCUUCCGCUUUGGAGGAGUUGCAAAAAGACCUAGAAGAGGUCAAAGUAUUGCUGGAAAAGUCCACUAGGAAAAGACUACGUGAUGCUCUUACAAGUGAAAAAUCCAAGAGUUUUAUGAUAAGCCAUGUCCUCUUGCUGUUCUAUAAGCAGUUUCCGACAUUCCUGUUCCAUCUUUUUGUUUUGCUAGGAUGGGAUCAGUCAGAUAAGUUUGUGAAAAUCUACAUUACCUUAACUGGAGUUCAUCAGGUUCCCACUGAGAAUGUGCAGGUACACUUCACAGAAAGGUCAUUUGAUCUUUUGGUAAAAAACCUCAAUGGCAAGAAUUACUCCAUGAUUGUGAACAAUCUUUUGAAACCUAUCUCUGUGGAAAGCAGUUCAAAAAAAGUCAAGACUGAUACAGUUAUUAUUCUAUGUAGAAAGAAAGCAGAAAACACAAGAUGGGACUACUUAACACAGGUGGAAAAGGAAUGCAAAGAGAAAGAAAAGCCUUCCUAUGACACUGAGGCAGACCCUAGUGAGGGAUUAAUGAAUGUUCUAAAGAAAAUUUAUGAAGACGGAGACGAUGACAUGAAGCGAACCAUUAAUAAAGCAUGGGUGGAAUCCAGAGAGAAGCAAGCCAGAGAAGACACAGAAUUUUGAGGCUUUUAAAAGUCCUUAUGGGAACUGUGAUGUGGAAUGCUCGUGUUUCCAGUAAGGGUUGAUGUUGAACUGCACAUAUUUGUUCAUGUGGGUAUGUAGUUUUGACAGAUAAAUAUUUACAAAGCCUUUUAAGUAAAGAUAGCAGAUUCUCCAUUUCUUAUUGGAGGAUUUGAUUUAAAUAAAUAAGCUUAUUAAACUGUUUCUUUCAUUAGCACCCCAGACAUUUUGUUUCAGAAAAGGCUAUAUGGCAUUCUUACUGAAAAUGUAAAAAGGAAGUCUUAGCAUAAUGAAAAUGUUAUGUCACAGAUUUUUGUCCUGGCUGGGAGAUAGAACACAGAAGUAUUUGUCUAUCUGUAACUGACAGCAGGUCCCAGUAAUGUAAAAAAUAAAGCAAAAUUUUUGCAUAAAAUUCAAAUUUGUACAUGAAGUUACAAAGUUACUACAGAGCUGUUCCAUUAUUACCAUGUGUUACCAUAUAGUACUAAUUGAUUUAAGUAUACUUACGAAUAUAAAAUUAAACAAUACAAAUGACAAAAGUAGACAAACAUCUUGUGUUGAUAAAUAUACUGUCAUGGUUCAGAUGGCUUAAAAAUAACCAUGAUGCAAAAACUUGAAAACGCCCACUUAUCCCUUUGUUCAAUAAAGUUGGAGUUUUACUU